AUGCAUGGGUUAGUAAUAACCGAGCCGUCCGCACCGGAAUCUGAGAUCCUCCAUGCUGUCUUCAUAGACCGUAACGAAGAACGUACCGAACUUCUGUUCAUCAAACGUCCACCACCUGUCAAUCGUCGUGCAAUGUCAAAAGAAGAGAGAAAAUAUCAUGAUAAGAGGGAACGCGAAAAGGAAUUGUUAUUUGGUGAUUGGAUUUCAUUCGAGCAAAAUGAAAGAGAUGGCAAAUUCAUAUUAGACUAUCGUAAAGAGUUUCCAUUCUGUGAGUCACGUGUCACCGCUGAACAUUGUCAGGUGAAAGGUGUUUGUGUGUUUGCGCCGUCAAGGUCAAAAGUAAAGAAAAACUGCUUCACUGAUAUUUUUGGANCAAUCGAUGUCUCAGCUAAUGUCGCCCAAUGUUUUCUUCCCGAUGUUGCUAUCAGUUGUUGGAUAUCUAUUAAAGUGAUAAAUUUGGAAACUGCAGAAUUCACAUUCGGUGAAUACAUCGGCAUUGCUGAAGAUCAGAGUAGCGUUCUUUGUACGCCGUGGAAUCAAGACAGUCACCGAUAUUUUGUGGAGGUCUUCGACAGUGAUGACGAUGACAGCGAUAAGGAAAGCAGCAGACAUAAGCUCCAGCUUAAUUCAGCUCCGUUCGAAUCGCGUGCUAUAUCAGAUACGUUGAACGGUAUGGAUGGAUUACGUACUGGAGGGCAUAAAGUGUUCUGCUUUGAAUAUCCUUCUGUUGCAUUUUACCUCGUCUAUUGUCCACUGAGAGAGCACACUCAAAUGGGUGAUGUGCUUCAGUUCGACGCUGUCUAUUCAUCGCCGUUGAAUGCUUAUCUGAUUGUAGAAUAUCGUAAAAAAACAAGUAUACCAUCUUUUGGCUAUAGAGCAAUCAAUUUUGGUUCUUUACCUGCG